AUGGAAACUCACAUUAAACACUUAACCAUUACCUUGGAGUUACUCAAGCAGCAUUCCUUGUUUGCCAAGCUCAGCAAAUGUUCCUUUGGGAAAUCACAAAUUGACUAUUUAGGUCAUAUCAUAUCUGGUGAAGGAGUAGCAGGUGACCCUGAGAAGAUUGCUUGCAUGGAUUAUGGUAUCAUUUGCAAGCCCUUAACUGAGUUACUUAAGAAAAACCAGUUUCAGUGGAGUGAUUCAGCAGAGUCAGCUUUUCAGAGAUUAAAGGAAGCAGUCACCACCACUCCUGUAUUGGCCUUACCAGACUUCUCAAAACCAUUUGAAGUGGCAACAGGUGCUUGUGAUGUUGGAGUGGGAGCUGCCCUGGACCAAUAG